AUGCCUCACCUGCCUCCCGGUCCGAGCGCAGCUGCGCAUGUUGGCGGGGAGCUCAAGUUUCCUCCCGUCUCCAAGGACCACAUUCAGAACUGCUCCUACGACGCAUGGUUUCCAAAGUACCGCAGCUCAUGUCUCAAGUCGAAAAUCAUACGCCUUCCUCCUUCAUUCGUCGCCUACCUUCAGGAAGACGGAAUAUUGCUGGCUGACGAAGACGCUACUGUGGCCCCAGCUGACCCAGAGUGGCAUUCGUCUGCCGCAGUCGGCAAUUCAAGACCAAAGCCACAUGACGGUUCGUCUGACGAGGAAGAGGAGGAUGAAGCGCCUCGCUUGCCCCCAAACAGGCGGUUUCCUGAAGCACACAACGAGAUCAAAAUCGCCAUUAGCGAGCUCGGGGGCGCAGUUGCUCCCAAGCUCAACUGGUCCGCGCCCAAAGAUGCCAAGUGGGUGUCGCCGCAUCAAAACACACUCAAGUGUACGUCGCCAAACGAUGUCUAUCUGCUUUUGAAAUCGUCGUCCUUCAUCUCCCAUGAUCUUGAUCACGCCUUUGACGACUGCACCCCGGCGUCCCCCACUCGGCCAUUCACUCCCGUUCUGGUCUUGAGACCCUUUUUCAAUCCACAUGUUGCGUUGGAAUUUCGCUGCUUCGUCAAGCAUCGGUCACUCAUUGGCAUCACUCAACGAGACUUGAACUACUACGCUUUCCUGAACGAGCUUCGGCCUCAGCUGAGGAAGAGAAUCCAGACGUUUUUCAAAGAAAAACUGAGGCACACUUUUCCUGACGCGAGUUUUACUUUUGAUGUUUACAUACCCGAAGAUCCUGUAGCGGAUGACGGACUGGGCAGGGUUCGUCUGAUGGACAUUAACCCUUGGGCUCCUCGAACCGAUACCUUGCUAUUCUCUUGGCAAGAACUUGUCGACGCAAAAGUCGAAAGCCCUCUCUACGGUUCCGCUGCAGCAGACGAUUUUGCCAGCCUCAGCGGCGAUGAGACUGGGGCCGACGAUGCAGAAGCUGAUGCACACACUGCUGAAACAGUACCAGAGCUUCGACUCAUUGACAAGGAUGAUCCUGCGGCCUUUAAUUUCAGCACUCCUCAGUACUCGGCUCACAAGCUGCCCAAAGAAGUGGUCGACGCCAGCAUGGCCGGUGAGGGAGGGCUUCGGGAGUUUGCUCAGCAAUGGAAAGAAAUCACCGAGGGCAGAGCUGGUGGCUUAUGGGACCAGCAGGUCAGUCACGGCUAG